AUGGUUUGGUCUUAUUUACCGUUGUUCUUCUCAAUCAUUUUUUUUCUCAUUUCUCUUUACGUUAAUUCAUUUGUUCAAGUUUUGGCCGAUCGAAAUUCUCCAUAUUGGAUACCAACAUUGCCUGAUAUUGGUCAUCGUUUAUUACCUUAUUGGACUUAUUUUUCAAUAAAUAAUUAUUAUCUUUUAGCAGCAUUUGUCUUAGUUCUUAUUCGUUAUAUAUUCCAACGUGAUAUCCGUUUAAUUGUUUUUCGUCGAUGGAUUUUUAUUCAAGCUGUUAUGUUUAUUAUGAGAAGUAUAUCAAUUUAUGUUACAUCAUUAAGCGUUCCAUUGCCUGGUUGUAAUACAACAGCUGUAGGUUCACCUCCUGUCGAAGCAUUUUAUAUAAUGUUUUUUAUACAUGCAACAUGUGGUGAUGUUCUUUUUUCUGGACAUACAGUUACAUUAACAUUAUGUGCUCUUGCUUGGACAACUUAUUCCAAAGGUGAAGAACAUUAUCCAAUACGUUGGUUAUGGAAUAGAUUCAAGAGUAAAACACAAGAAAUUAUUCCAGGUAGAUCUGGUUGGCUUUAUCCACAAUUGGAUUCAACAGGUGAUCCAUUAUCAUUUUAUUUAACAACAUAUCUUGUAUGGAUAUUUACAAUAAUCGGUUAUCUAUUUAUUAUUGCUACACGAUUUCAUUAUACAGUUGAUGUUUUUCUUGGUUUUCUUCUUUCACAUUUAACAUGGCAAACAUAUCAUUAUUAUAUAAAAAAUUUAGCAGAAAGACGAAAUAUUAUAAUCACUAGAUUUUUUCUUUGGUUUGAAGGAUAUGGACGACCACCAGCUAAUACAUCUGUUAGUUUACUUACUGGACCAACUUCGAUAAAUCCCGAACAACCGGGACAUAUUGAAACACAUAAUGAUGUUGUGAAUCCAAGUGGUGAUAGUUAUACUUAG